CAGUGUCUGUACGGUGUUUGGUCUUUCCCUCCCCAUUCGUCUACGCUUUCCACUCGAACCGUCAUACGUUAUCAGUACCGGUCUGGUUGGACCACGUAAAUAUUCUCGCGGUGCAAGUCGGAAUAAUAGAUGGGGUUUUGUGUUUUGAAAAUCACUAUGCGCUUUCCACGUUCUGAUCGAGUGUUUUAAAUAUUAUUAUUAUUAUUCAAGAGGCACCACACUUGCCAUUACACGCCCAACCGUUUUUUCCAUCAUCUCGUCCCGAACAUUUUCAGGAUUUCUACAAACCAUAGUGGAUACUAUUGAUAAUGCACUUACUGUUAUUGCUCCCAUUCUUUCAAUUAUUACAUGGUUUGGAUGUUUCUAAUUUUGUUCCAAAAGUUUCUGCUGAUAUAUCACCUUGCAAAAGUUGUAAAAUAUUAGUUCAAUCGUUUGAGAAGGGUCUUGAAAAAACAAAAAAUGGUCACUUUGGUGGUGGAAAUACAGCAUGGGAAGAGAAAAAUUUAUUGACUUACGCAAAAAGUGAAGUGAGAUUUGUGGAAAUCCAUGAUUCAUUAUGUACUGAAAUAUCUCGUGACCAAGAUAUGUGUUUUUAUUUGUCGAGUGAAUACGAACAUCAUUUAAAAGAAUGGUGGACAGAUGGCCGUCAAGAAGAUCUAUUCCAAUGGUUUUGCGUUGACAAAUUAAAAGUAUGUUGCCCACCAAAACAUUAUGGUCCUGAUUGUUUACCAUGUAAAGGUUAUCCAAAUGUUUGUAAUUCUCAUGGAACUUGCAAGGGUGAUGGAACUCGAAAAGGCAAUGGGUCAUGCAAAUGUAAAAACGGUUACGAAGGUACCAACUGUGAUCAUUGUGCAAAUAAUUAUUUUGCCAUACAGAAAAAUAAUACUUUUACCUGUGAAGAAUGCCAUAAAUCAUGCAAAGAUAGCUGUACAGAUUCAGGGCCAAAAGGUUGUGAUGAAUGUAAAGAUGGAUGGGUGUACAUGGGUGAAGGUGAAGGUUGUGUGGAUGUUGAUGAGUGUUUGGAACAAGACGUUUGUACUUCACAACAAUUUUGUAUUAAUAAUGAUGGCUCAUAUUCUUGUUUGAGUUGUGAUCCAUCAUGUACAGAUUGUUAUGGUGAUGGAAAUGAUAUGUGCUUUAAUUGCGCUGCAGGAUACAUCAUGAAAGACAAAAAAUGCAUAGUGGACACCAAAUGGAAGAGCUCUGAUCAAUCUCGUUAUCUGACAUAUGGUGGUCUAGGAAUAGCAACAAUAAUUAUUUUCAGAAUGAAUACAACUAUUGCAAGUAUUGUUGGAGCAUUCAUAGCAGUUUACAUUAUGGUAGCUGAAUAUAUAAUGAAUGAAUUAUAUAAGUAAUGAAAUAGAGAUUAAUAUCAUAAGCAAUGUUUUCUUCCAUUACCUGUAUUAAAUAUUAUAUACUAAGUAGUUUUCGAUAUUCGUCCAAUUCUAAUCCAACUGAAGAAUAAUGAAUUUAGAAUAGCGAUUAGUGCUGAAAUAUUGCAGUUUAUUUAUUGGCUAAAUUAUUUUUUUAAUUAUGGUUAGGUAAGUAGUAUACAGUACCAAAAAAAAAAA